GCUAAACAGCACUUUGUCCUCCGCCAUUAUUCUUUGUUAAGUUGUUUGUUUUGCUCAAAACAGUUAAACUCGAUAAAAUCAAAGUUUUUCUAGCAAAUUGUCCAUUUAUUGACUAUAGUGUGUGAAGAAAAUUUUCGAGAAAAUCGACUAACAAGCAAAAUUAGAACCAGAAUUCAAACGAGACUUUCGUUAAAUCCGACGUACGGUGAACCUUAACUUACAAUGGCAGAAACACCAAAUUCGAUCGUCUACAAGAACGUGGUGCCGUGGCGUGGCUGCGAAAAGCUCUAUUUAGAUACUCGUACGGCUGAUGUGUUCUUUGUUUUUGGUUCUUCACGUGAAAAUGUUGUGAAGGUUCCAGCGCAUAAAUGCAUACUUUCUGCGAGCAGUCCAGUAUUCGAUGCAAUGUUCUUUGGUCCUGCCCGGGAAAUAGGCAACACAAUAACCAUCGUUGAUGCAUCGCCCGACGAAUUUAAAGAAUUCCUGCAAUUCUUCUAUCUCAGUUCAGUUCGAUUGACGGUUGGCCACAAACCGAGAAUCAUGAAUCUCGGUGAAAAGUACAUGCUGAACGUUUGCAAAAAAGCAUGCACCGAACUGUCGAAAGCAACAUUGACCAUGGAAAACAUGUGUUUGGGUUACGAAUUGGCCAUUCUCUUCAAUCAAGAUGAUCUGAAGGAAUAUUGUGAAGCGAAAAUCAGCGAAAAUCCAAUGGAAUUUUUUAAAUCCCAAAGCUUCUUGGAUUGUGAACCGAAUUUGCUGCGUUACAUUUUGCAGUUGGACUCGUUGAAGUGCGAUGAAUCAGUUGUAUUCGAUGGUUGUAUGGCAUGGGCCAAAACUGCCUGCAUUCGAAAGGGUCUGGAUGGGAAUAAUAUGCAGAACCUUCGAUCCGAGCUUGGCGAUCUCUUUUAUGAGAUUCGAUUUGGUGACAUGACACUCGAAAUGUUUAAUGCUUGCGUCGAUUUGUAUGAAGGACUUUCGAGACAUUAUCGGAAUGAUUGCAAAUGAAAAUUUCCAUCCAGCAAAAUUUAGUCGGAAGUUGCGCUCAUUGGUGUGUGACCGGGUUGAUCAUCUCAAAUCAUAUACGGUAGAGAGUUAUAAGGAUCUUGGACCAAUAGGAUGUGAUUAUACUGUGUUUACAUCAAAUCGUCCACUUUUACUGACCAAAAUUUGCUUCAGCGAUUUUCUGUUCCAAAAUGAAACUGUGAAACGUAUCAACGUCUCAUUUGAAGUGAAUGGAAACGAUUUUUCAACUAAAGAUCCACGCCAUACUAACAUUUUCGGUCGCGUGCUUAUUCAAUUGCGUAAACUUAAUGUAAAUCCAAGAGAAGAAACACUGGUGGAGCUUGAAAAACCAAUCGUCAUCAUGCCAAAUGUCCUUUAUACAAUCGCUUUUGCUCUUGAGCCAAAAUACCAGAGCACGUUUAUCAAAAGUUUUCUGAUCCACAAAAAAAAAGUUGAUAUUGGACACGGUACCAUCAUCGAAUUUCAUGAUCUCCAUCAAAUUGAUUCGAAUGUUAGAAAUGAUACUUCUCUAUCUGGACUGGUCACAAAACUCCACUUCCGAAACUACAAAGUAUAAAGUACUCGAAUGCGUACUCAAUCCAUUUCAAAUCGAUUUUUUCUACCAAACUAUCAAUUUAUUCGGAGUAAUUUUGCUUUGAAAA